GUCGCGAUGGAUGGGUAGGGUGAGACUGAUGAGUAUUGUGAGCAGCGAGAGCGAGCACUCGAGCAGUGCUGACUUCAUAGAUGGUUCAGUCCCCUUGUUGAAUUGUCACAAUAUUAGCAAUCGGCAUCAAAUUCAGCAAUUUUAAGCAAUUCAGGCAGUUGUAAUCGGCAACGAGUUACUCGAAAACACGCGACAGGCGUGACUGAUCGCGGAUGACCUGGCAUUGCGUUCGUGAAAAGAAGCUUCCGCGCUUAUCCGAGGACGAGGAACAUGUAUACCGUAUCAAAAGGACCUAGCAAGAUUGUAGCGAAAACAAGACGAGGAAUCAGUCAGAAUCUCGAGAGACUGGAAACUUUACGUGAUUUGACGAGGAAAGCCGAUAUCGAAGAUGACCACGACGAGAUCAUCUGUCACGUACCAAAGCCAGUCUUCCAUAUGAAUGGAAAAUCUAAGUUUAUCUCGCAGCGACAUCAGAUGCAACAAGUUAUCACGCCACAGCAUGAGGAACUUAUCAAAUUUAUUUACGAAUCAUGGAAUCAAGUUAAUACACGGCAAAGAAGCGAAUGUUGCAAUGAUACGGAAUGUGCAGAACUUUGCAGUCCUAAGGAUUCGAUAGUAUAUUACAAUGAUGGUGAACCAAACGAUAGUCUGCAAGACUUUAAACCAUUUGAUUUGGAAUCUUGGUGGGGCAAACGAUUGUUUAACAAUAUCACCAAGUCGCUCUGAGAUAUUCGUAUACAACUAAGAUUAUUUUUCCAAGGACUUGUACUACUU